UACACUUCUGGCAGAGGAAAUGGCGGCCGUUGGGUUAACGGUGGCCAACAAGUCAACUGUCGAAGUUGACACCGAAACUACCUAACUUCCUCUCACCGUACCCGGCUCUGUGGCCACAUAAAUAUGUUUUUAAGGGGAGUGAAAGCCAGUGUGUGUCCGAUGGUAGAGACAUAACAGGAACACCAGACUCUUGACAUUUGGGAACACUGCUGGAACUGUAGACCCCUUGCAGAGGAAUGGCCAAUGAGCAGAAACAAAGUAGGGCAGAAACAUUUGUACUGGCUGGACCGAAUGGUCACAAUGGACAACAGUGGCAGACUGGAAUGAGUAACUCGGUCAGUCACUCUCCAGGCACUAACCACAUGUCGAGGAUGGCUCGCGUUGCUUCAGAUGUAAGGCAAAAGUGUGCGGCCUAUGUGCUAGCACUGAGACCAUGGAGCUUCAGUACCUCGCUGACACCGGUGGCCCUUGGCAGCGCUUUGGCGUACAAACUGGAUGGCUCUGUGGAUUUGGUCAUCCUGAUGGUGUGUGCAGUGGCUGUCCUUGUAGUCCAUGGGGCAGGCAACCUUGUAAACACCUACUAUGACUUCUCCAAAGGGAUUGACCACAAGAAGAGUGAUGAUAGGACUCUUGUGGAUGAAAUAUUGGCACCGCAGGAUAUUGUUAUGUUCGGAGCAUUGUUAUAUUCUUUGGGGUGCUUGUGUGCCACUCUGCUUUACUUCCUGUCUACACUUAGACUGGAGCACCUAGCCCUCAUUUACUUCGGGGGACUCUCCAGCUCUUUUUUAUACACUGGAGGCAUUGGCCUCAAGUACGUGGCCCUGGGAGACGUGGUAAUCCUCAUCACCUUCGGCCCGCUGGCAGUCAUGUUUGCCCACGCGGUGCAGGUUGGCUACCUGUCAGUGCUGCCGCUGGUGUAUGCCGUCCCACUGGCCCUCAACACAGAAGCCAUCCUACACAGCAACAACACCAGAGACAUGGACUCUGACAAGCAGGCGGGCAUUGUCACCCUGGCCAUCCUUAUAGGCCCCACACUGUCCUACGUCCUCUACAACCUCCUGCUUUUCGUCCCCUACGUGCUCUUCUGCAUCCUUGCCACCCGUUACACCAUCAGCAUGGCGCUGCCCUUGCUCACGCUGCCCAUGGCCUUCCCGCUGGAGAAGCAGUUCCGCAGCCGAUGCUACGCCAAGAUCCCCCAAAAGACGGCCAAGCUCAACCUCCUCAUGGGACUCUUCUAUGUGUUUGGGAUCAUUCUGGCGCCGCCUGGCAGCUUGCCGUUAUUGUGAUUAAUUAGCUUUGAUAUUUCAAAUUUUGUCGUUUUAAUACAGACUAGUUUAUGUAUUUGUAUGAAGCUAUCUGAGGGCUUUUACCGACUUUAAUUUACUUUCUAAUUUAUUUGUUAAACAGAAAUUUUGUUUAGGUCCUCCUCUGCGACGCUGAAGGCAUAAUAAGAUGUAUACGUUUCAGUAUUAAGCCCGCUGUAAUGUGUUAAAAGUAAUAAGUGUUGGUGUCAUUUUGUAGAGGUAGGAAACAUUUUCAUCGUACAAGGAUGGACAAUAAACCCACAGUUGCCAUAUUUGUUCUUCUUGACCUAAAAACAUCAAUAAACCAUUAUUCCCCUAUUCUCAACAUUAUACGGUAUAUACUGUUAAUUUGUUUAUUGUGAAUUAUGUGUUUUGGGAAAGCCAAACAGUACUUUAUUGGAUUGUAAUAAAACCCACUGAUGCUUAUA